AUGGUCACUUUUCCGUACAAUAAAAAGGGGACGAAGAAAGAGAAUGUCUUAGUCACUGAGGAUACUCAGUCGACUGCUAGUUUGACGUCGCCAAGUGACUCGGAAUCCCUUGGUUUUGGAAGCGUAAGCUCUGUACAUAUUUUCAACGACAGUAAAGUCGCUGAUUACUAUUUCAAGAUAUAUGAUGACUGCAAGUAUGAAUGUCGCAAGUAUUUUGAUCCAAAAUUUCAAUGGACUGCUAGUGAAGAGAGAAAGGUUGUUAGAAAAGUUGAUCUUAGGGUGGCGUUCUGGGCAAUGUGGAUGUUCGCUGCUCUAAAUAUUGAUAGAAAUAACUUGUCUCAAGCUCUUUCCGACAAUUUUUUGGACGAUGUUGGAUUGACAACUGCCGAUUAUAACUUGGGUAAUACUGUCAAUCUAGUUUGCUUCAUUCUGGCCGAGAUGCCUGCGCAGCUUAUCUCUAAAAAAAUUGGUCCAGAUCGAUGGGUCCCUUUUGAAAUGAUUGCCUGGUCAAUUGUGGCCAUGUCGCAGGCCGCAAUCAAAAAUCGUAGUGGCUUUUUGGCAACGAGAGCCUUGUUGGGAAUGUUGGAGGGCGGAUUCAUAGCAGAUACCGUUCUGUGGCUUUCUUAUUUCUACACAGGUAGUGAACUUACCAUCCGCCUUGGCUACUUUUACGUGUCAGGACAGAUAACCACAAUUGUGAUGUCCCUCGUCGCUUAUGGUUUGUUGCAAAUAAGAGCUGCUGGUAUGGGAGGGUGGCAGUGGUUGUUUGUAGUUGAGGGGCUUUUUACGUUUAUCAUUGGUGUUAUGUCCUAUUUUUUAAUGUCUCCUUCUGUUUCUCAAACCAAAGCGUGGUUUAGACCAAAAGGAUCCUAUACUGAGAGGGAGGUAAAGAUUGUGGUCAACAAACUACUAAGAGAUGAUCCUGCGAAGGGAGAGAUGAAUAACAGGCAAGCGGUUUCUUUUAAAAAAUUGUUGACUAGUCUUGCAGAUUAUAAUCUUUGGCCGAUGUAUUUACUGAGUUAUCUGGCUUGUAUGGGACUUACGUCUACAAGUUCCUAUCUAACCUUGAUUUUGAGAAAGUUAGGAUUUAGCACAGUAAACACAAUCCUGCUCACAAUACCCAAAACUGCUGGAGCUGCUCUCACACUCUUACUGAUGAAUUACUUGGCGUCUGCCACCAAUCAAACACUUUUGGUAGCCAUGUUGGAGCCCAUCUGGGUUAUCCCAUGCGCUAUUGCUCUGCGAUGGUGGCCUGGAUUGAAUGUAAAUGUAUGGGCCACUUUUGCACUUCUGAAUGUUGCACUUUCCUAUCCAGCUUGUUAUGCCAGUUUGCUAGCUCUGGUGUCCAAAAAUUCUAAUUCCGUUAGAAACAGAACAAUUUCUCAAACAAUUAUGAAUAUCAUGGCACAGUUGUCAGCUAUCACAUGUUCAAACUUAUAUCAGCCACACGAUGCACCACUGUAUCAUAAAGGUAAUGAAAUCCUAUUAGGCUUAAAUGUAGCCACUUUUGUCGCAUUGGGAGCUACAAGAUACUACUAUUCUCACCAAAAUCAGCGAAGAGAAAAAAUAUGGAAUUCAAUGGAUUCCGAACAACAAGAACUUUACCUUCAAAAUAGUGAGCAACUUGGGACUAAAAGGUUGGAUUUCAGGUUUUCUCUCUGA